AUGAGACAGCGCUUGGCGCGUACAAUCGUCGGCAGGAGAUUCGUGUCCUUGAAGUCAGACCCCUUUGGAAUCUCGGGCCUGUUGCCUGAAACUAAUGAGAUGUUCCCACCACCCAGUCUCAUUUCGUUUGACGCUUUUGGUACGCUCUAUGUGCCUAAGAAGCCUAUUGCCGAACAGUACGCCGAGAUUGCCCACAGCUACGGCAUUGAUUUGCCCGUGGAGACAAUCUCGAGCCGGUUUGGCAAGAUCCAUGCUGAAUUGCUCGAGCGGUUCCCCAACUAUGGCAAGAACUCCAGCGAGAUCACGUCGUCGGAAGACUGGUGGAAACAGUUGGUACUACAAGUGUUUGAACUCGACGCCAACAAGAGCCACGAGCUUUGUCAGGCGUUGGUCGACCACUUCACGGGGCCUGGCGCCUACACUGUGUUCGACGACGUAGAACCUGCUCUCCAGGCCCUCAAAAAGCGGGGAGUCAACAUGGUUGUGCUGAGCAACUCCGACUCGCGAGUGGUGGCCAUUCUCAAGAACUUGGGGCUCUCUCAAUACUUCUCCAACGUGUACGUGUCGUACGAGCUCGGGGCGGAAAAGCCCAACAAGAAGUUCUUCGACGCUGUGGCCCGGAAACAGGGCCAGACCAUUGACAAGUACGAGAGGAUGUGGCACGUUGGCGACCACCGUGACAAGGACUUCAUUGGUGCCAUCCGUGCCGGGUGGAACGGGGUGUUGUUAGACCGGCACAGAGCCAGCGGCUACUUUGGGCCUCAGGCUGCCAGGCAGGAGGCGCUGAUCUCUUGUCUGCUCGCCAGCCAUGCCCCCACCCACGCAUACGAUAAAGUGAUUGUGGCCAACAACAGGGUAGUGCUCACGUCCUUAACGCAGUUGGUGGAGUUGUACGAGUUUUAG